GAAGAAGUCGAAGAAGCAGCGAAGAACCUUUCCACGGCGGCUGUGCGAUCGAACGCGUAGGAGGCUGCAGCCACGACAAGCCAUUCUGCAAACUAGUCUCUUGGCAGUAGAGCUCGGCGCCCCGAAGCGACACCCGGCCUAACCAUGGACGACGAGCUAUGUCCGAUGCAACAGCCCGUCUUCCACGAUGCCCUGUGCGGCGUACCGCUCCAGGAGGUCGACGACACGCUGCCGCUGCAGACGUUCUGCGCCAUCGGGAAGAAGCUGGGCGGGUACCACGUGUACCGCUUCAACGCGGCCAAGUCGUUCGGCUGCCUCGGUCCUCUGCACCCGGUUCGCAAGCUUUGCGUGCGGCUCGUCACCAGCCAAUACCUGGACAUGUUCGUUCUAGUCCUGGUGCUCCUCAACACGCUCAUGCUUGCCCUCAAGUACCGCAACUGGCUCCUGGACUUGCUGUUCCUCGCCCUCUUCACGCUCGACAUCGUGAUCCGGGCGGCGGCGCGGGGAUUCGUGAUGCACAAGUUCAGCUACCUGAGCGAGCUCUGGAACUGCCUCGACUUUGUCGUCACCUGCGCCGGGGCGAUCGAGCUGCUGGGCACUGCCGUCGGGCUGGGCCCCCAUUUACAGCUGCUCAGCUCAUUUCGGCCCUUCCGCCUCUUCAAGGUGCUCACCAUCUUUUUAGGUCUUCGGGACAUCGUGAACACCAUCAUCAAGGCGACCACGCGCAUGCUCGAGCUGAUCGUGCUGCUGCUGUUCUGCAUCUUGGUGUUCGCCACUUUCGGCCUGCAGAUGUUCAUGUCGGUGCUGAAGCGGCGCUGUGUGGUGAGCAAGGAGAGGCUGGGGGUGGUCGACGCGCAGCUGUACAGGCGCAUGGCGAACAACCGUACCUUCUGGAUGCGCACGGGCGUGGACGAGGACGAGGACCGCGACCGGCUGGGCUUCGCCUGCGGGAACCUGCUGGCCGCCUACACUUGCGAACCAGGUUUCUCGUGUGUGACGGUGGACGUGGUGGAAGAGCGACGGGUGUUCCCCUCGUACGACAACGUGGUGGACGCCGUGCUCACCACCUUUAACAUAUUCAGCCUGGACAACUGGAACAUCCCGUACAACAUGCUACUGCAGGCGGUCGGUCCCACCUGCUUCCCGCUCUUCCUGUGCACGGUGAUGUUCGGCUCGGCGUACCUCAUCAACCUCAUGCUCGCCGUCACCGUGCACACCUACGUCGGGGAGAACAACCUCAAGCGGGCUCGCAAGCAGAAGAUGGAGCAGGGAUCCCUAAUGGACUUGACUCUGUUCCAAGAAAUUUGUGAUUUCGAGGUGAACGUAGACCACCUGUACGUCCAACCGCUGGUCAGUCUCGCGCAGAUACCCUCCGUCCACAAGGUGCGACAGCUGCGUUUCAAGCAGCGGCUUCGCCGCGGCGAAGGGGAGGCCCUGACUCGGGAGCUGGGAUUCGGCGCCUUCGCCGACAUGGUGACGGACGAAGCGAACGCGCCCCGGCCGCUGCUGCGGGCCGCCACGCUGCGACCGCCCGCGGCCACGCGACGGAUGCACUCCGACGAGACGUACGAGCAGCCGAUCGCUGCCGCAGCGGCGCCGGUGGUGGGGGCCGCCCGCGCCCAGAGUCAGCCGGCGGGCGUCCGAGCAGACAUCCCUCUCCGAGCGGACUGGGCCACGGUCCGAAUGGUGUGCCUCGCCAUGGAGAAGAGCCCAAUCCUCGACCUCACCAUCCACGUUCUCAUCAUCCUCAGCACCCUGUUCCUCGCCCUGGAUGGCAGCUACGCCAACGCUCAGUUCAAGAGCAUGCUCACCUGGGGAAACAUGGCGGCCAGCGUGGCCUUCUCCGUCGAAAUGGCCAUCAAGCUAUCCGCGCGCGGCUGGUCCUUCUUCCACAAGAAGUUCUCGGUUCUCGACCUGGGCGCCGUGAUCUGCAGCAUCACCUCCGACUUGCUGGUGCUGCUGCGCUACGAAGUGGGCGUCCGCACGCGCUUUCUCAGGCUGUUCCGGCUGGUGUACGUGGCGCGCACAUGGGACACGCUGUUCUACAUGCUCAACAUGAUGCUCUCGCUGCUGAAGCCGCUGCUCAACCUGCUGCUCGUCAUCAUGCUCGUGGUCGUGGCGUUCGCCGUCGCCGCCGAAGACCUCUUCGACUCCGGAGACCGUAAACCGCAGUCGCGGUGGAACAGCCGCGACUUUCUGCACAGCGUGCUGCUCAUGGUGCGCCUCUUCUGCGGCGACAUGUUCGAUCCGCUGGUCAACUGCUUCCACGAGGGCCACGGCAGGCUCCGAUGCGUCGCCUUCUACAGCAGCGUCUUCUUCGUCGGCAACUACGUGCUGCUCAACGUCUUCCUCGCCUUCCUGCUCAGCAGCUUCAACGUCGACAGGAUCGUCGAGAGGAACUCGCCUGGAGAGAUCCUCUUCGAGAAGAUGGUGUGCAGCUUCAAGUCCUGGUGCAAGAAUAGCUGGAAGCGCUUGUGGCAUCCAUCCUCUGACGAGACGCACGCACUUCCCACCGCAGAGAGGACCCCCGGCUGGGCGAGGAACGCGUGGCUUGCGGCGCAGCACCGAGCCGAAGUCCUGACCGGCCACCGCGCGUUCAGGCUCCUCGUGGCCCUUCUCAUUGUGCUCAGCAGCAUCGUGCUGUGCCUCGAAGGGGGCCAGAGCACGGCCAUGGUGCGUGGCCGGCUGGAGCUGGCGAGUGCGCUGCUCACCGUGCUGCUGAGCGUGGACGUUGCCCUGGUGCUGGUCGCGAAGGGCCCCCACGCCUACUUCUCUUCGGGAUGGCACCUGCUUGACUUCAUCGUGCAGUCGACAUCGCUGCUCUACGAGGUUCUGGCCGUGAUCGGAGUGCAGGGCUCGGUGAUCAACGUGCUGCGCGCCACCAGGGCGCUGAGACCCGUGCGAAUCGUGUCUCUCUUGCCCGGGAUGAAGCUCCUAGUGGACGCGCUGGCCUCGUCGGUGCCGUCCAUCGGCAACGUGCUCGUGGUGUGCGCCUUCAUAUGGAUCAUCUUCGGCGUGGUGGGCGUCAGCAUGUUCGCGGGCCGCCUGUGGCACUGCGUGGACGCCAGGGGGCAGCCGCUCGACCCCGACCUGGUGCCCGACCGCGCCACCUGUCACAUGCUGGGCUUCUCCUGGACCAACGAGAACGUCAACUUCGACAACCUGGCCGAAGCGUCGCUCGCGCUGCUCCAGGUGGCGACCUUCGAGGGCUGGAUCGAGGUGAUCGAGAACGUGCUGGACAUCGAGGGCGUCGACCUGCAGCCCCGUCGGGAGGCCAACCCCUGGUCGCUGAUCUACUUCGCCAUCUUCCUCGUCAUCGGCGCCUUCCUCGUGUUCAACCUGUUCGUCGGCGUCGUCAUCGACAACUUCUACGCCAAGAAGCGACAGCUGGAGGAGGUCCACUCGGAGCCCACGGCAAGCGAGAGUCAGCGCCGGUACGCGCGUUCUCUCCGCCGCCUGCUCGCCCAGAGGCCCGUCAGCUUGGUGGCCAGGCCGGCCGGCAGGGUCCGAGGAUUUCUCUACGACGUGGCCGCCAGCAAGGAGCUGGCUGUGGCGUCCGCGGCGUUGGCGCUGCUCAACGGCAUGCUGCUGGCCUCGGAGCGCUACGAGUGGAACGAGCGGCAGCGGGCGGCGCUGGGCCGCGCGCACCUCGUCUUCCUGGUGGGGCACGCCGCCGAGCUGCUGCUGCGAGCCGCCGCCACGGGAGCCGCCUUCUUCGCCGUCAAGUGGAACCAGUUCGAGCUGUGCGCGCUUGUCCUCUCCCUACUCGGCGACGUCGUCCUCCUGUCCGGCGUGUCCCAGUCCCGGCCCGAGUGGGUCCUGCUGCGGGGGCUCCGCACGCUGGCCAUUUUGCGCGUCUUCCGCAGCCUGGUGUCGGUGCGAGGCGUGCGCCAGCUGGUGCUCAUAUUCGCGGCCUCGGUGCCCGCCUUCAUCAACAUCGCCCUGCUGCUGUUCCUCGUCAUGUUCGUCUACGGCGUGCUCGGAGUCUCGCUGUUCGGGACCCUCCGCUCCGACGACAGCUACAGUGGCCUGGUGAACUUCGGACAGCUCUGGCGCGCGCUUCUGCUGCUCUUCCGGCUAUCGACGACGAGUGCGUGGAACGAGGUACUCGGCUGGCUGCUGCCGGCCGGCAAGGGCCUCGCGGUCGCCUACCUCGUCUCCUACCUGUUCAUCUCCAACUUCAUCAUCUUCAACUCGUACGUCGCCGUAUUGCUGGCCGGAUACGAACAGGCGCUCAACACGGAGCUGAGCGGGCUGUCGGACGCUGACCUGGUGGACUUCGCGGCCGCCUGGGCUCGGCUCGACGUGGGCGCUCGGCGAACGCUGCCGCUGGCCGCGCUGCCCAGCCUGCUGGACUCGCUGCCGCGUCCCCUGCGGCUGCCGCGGCCAAACACGCUGGCGCUGGCCAUCAUGGACGUGCCCUUGCUCAGCGGCGACAGGGUCCACUACGUGCACCUGCUGCAGUCGCUGCUGCGCGUGCGCAUGAACGUGUACGAGCCCCUGUGCGAGCCCCUGCAGCGCAGCCUGGACGCGGAAGCGGCGGCCGCCUACCCGGAGCUGCGCCGGCCCGACAUGCGGCCCGUGUCGGGCACCAUGCAGCGCCAGCAGGAGCAGCGCGCCGCGCACGUGCUGGCCGAGUUCUUCGUGCGCGGCUGCGAGCGGCUGCGGCUCGAGCGCGCGGCGUGCACCGUGCAGCGGGCGUGGCGCGCCCACCGGCUGCGACGGACCGUCACGCUGGCCAACCGCCUGCAGCCGUUCCCGCUGUUCCUGCUCACCCAGACCAACCUGCAGUACUGGUGAAGCCUGCCGGGCGCCCCGCGGCGUCGUACGGGCCGAGAAGUCGCGCCUGCGGUGCUUCGAACCGAGCGGCCGUCGCGUGAAGAACGUUAUCGCGAGCCGGGGAGACUGGCUCGUGGAACUAUAGCGAGACAUUGGCCGUUGCGCUCUUUCUUUCUUUCUUUAUUGUUCUUUUUUUGUGUGUGUGUGGUGGAAUGACAGCGCCAGCGCGACUUUGUAUGUAUUUGUGACUUUUUGUAGGCCGUAUUGCUCGGCGCGAGCCUUCCUUUAUUUUUUUCUUUGUUGUUGUUAAAUUAGAUUAUUCGAUUGUCUCUUGCAGUGUAAGGCUGUCUGUUAGGCUGACUUCUAAAGUGUUUCAAAGUUCCGCCAUAGCUUCCGAUUUCUUUUUCUUUCUCUUAUUUGUCUUCUCUCUUGUAGGGCAAGUUGUCUCUUGAUAUCAUGCUAUUAGAAUUCUCUAAACAUUUUCUUCUUUUUUUUUAUGCGCCUAAAUGUUGACGAGAGCUCAAGAGCGUUCUUUCCGUUUCAGUUAGGGUGUUUAAAAUGCAAUCAAUGGCAUCGCUCCUCCAGUGGGAAGCUGUGAAGUGGCCGAAACACGAUUGUCCAGUCUCGUUGAAGAAAAAUAAACCGUGCGGGGCUUGUGUUUAUGUUCCUUUUGCUCUCAUAAGCGCGUUAAUGUUCGGUUGCAGUUCAGCAGUGUUUCGAUUCUGUUUCCGUGUCAUUCCCAGCAAUAAAAAAAACUGUCUCUUUUGUGCAA